GGCACGAGAUAAAUACUGGUAGGGCGCACGCGGCAGGCUGCCGUCUCUGUCACCUGAUGUCGCAUGCAAGCCAGCCACGCGAGGCCAGCACCAGCGUCGUUUUGGCGAGUAACAGAGCAAUGAUCGCCAGAAACCUACAUAAAACUUGGCUGGCAGGCAGGUAAAUGCCGUGUGUAUGUGUGUCCUUCGACGAAUGUUAACCUGCAGCUAUGUCUGCGUGCUGCUUGAUGUCGACAGACUCUUUUGUAGAUAGUGGAGAAAGCAUCAGCACCAGCAGCGGUUUUGACGAUCGUACCGAUGGCGGCGGAAGCGCAGAACCACUUUCGCUAGCAGCGGCUGGACCCUCCCAUCCCUUUCCCUUUGCAAGCGGGCUGCUGGACAGUGAGGAUAAGUGGUUGAAGCAUGCGGAAGAAGCCGUUAGCAAAUAUCACAGAAGCCAGUACCAGCAUCAGAAUCAGCAAUGGGAUCGGACCAAGGAGACGAUGGACCAAAUACCACGAAUACAACAAAAUACAACACAACUGAAAGCAAAAGACGACUGUACUACAGCCUCUUUUUCGAUCGCGGACCGUCGUCCACUCUCGCCGCAUUUCUCUCCAACCAAAACCCCACAGCAAAACAGAUAGUCUCGCCGUAGAUCAGUACCGAUGCCCACCUACCAAAAGUGGACAGAGGGGGGCUGCUGGAGCUAGACAAGGGCCUGUGAGCCCCCCAAAGGCAGUCCCCUGCAAAGUAUCGAGCGCGUGGCAAAUAGCGCCCCCGAGAAGAAACGGUUGGCGCUGGCUAGUUUAGCAGCGUCGUAUUUCCCAUUUUUUUCUUCUUUUUGCUGUGUGUCUGUUACAAAAAACACGUUGCUUUUUU